GCCUCCACCUUAUAAGUGCCAUGGAUUCUGGCUCCUCUCUGCCUCUACCUAAUAGCACAGGAGUUGGGCAAGUAAAAGAGAUCUGAGAUCAUCUUCUAUAGUUCCCAGGCAAAUUUGGUGCACAGAGAUGGCGGAGACAGUGGUCCCCUGUGUUCUCCAGAAGCCUCGGCAUGUCGUCAGAAAGUUUCUGGCCAAGCCGCAACACGAAGGAGACGGCGCCGUCGUCAGGAGAAGCAUUGGGAGGUUUGAGCUGAGGUACUUUGAUCCUUUCCUCGUUCUGGAUGAAUUCUCAGUGACUGCUCCUGCAGGAUUUCCUGAUCAUCCUCACAGAGGUUUUGAGACAGUCACCUACAUGCUAGAGGGUGCUGUGACUCACGAAGACUUUGAAGGCCACAAGGGUACAAUAAAGGCGGGCGACCUGCAAUGGAUGACGGCAGGAAGGGGAAUUGUGCACUCCGAGAUGCCGGCAGGGAAAGGCACAUCCAAAGGCCUGCAGCUCUGGGUUAAUCUGUCCUCCAAGAACAAAAUGAUCGAGCCGAGGUACCAAGAGAUGCAGAGCCAGGACAUAGCUUGUGCUUCCGGGAACGGCGUCGAGGUUCGAGUCAUCGCCGGCGAAUCGAUGGGAGUCCGAUCCCCGGUCUACACUCGCACCCCAACCAUGUACUUGGACUUCACGCUGAAGCCCCGGGCGCACCUCCGGCAACCCAUCCCAUCCGCCUGGAACGCAUUCGUGUACGUGCUUGAAGGCGAGGGGGCAUUCGGCGGCGACAAGUCCGCCCCGAUCGGCCCGCACAAUCUUCUCCUGCUGGGGCAGGGUGAUGGGGUUGACGUGUGGAACAAGUCGGCGAAGCCCCUCCGGUUCGUGCUCGUCGGCGGGGAGCCGCUGGGCGAGCCGGUAGCCCAACUGGGGCCGUUCGUGAUGAACACCGACGAGGAGAUCGAUCGGACCAUCGACGACUUCCAGUACUGCAUCAACGGGUUUGAGAAGGCCAAGUACUGGAGGUCCGAGGCGAUGGUGGGAAUUGAAGGCUGAGCAGACGCCUUUGAUGUUUAUUUGUUUUGUUCAUAGGAGAAGCAGCCACCAAAAAACAAAAAAAAAAAGAUAUCCUGUUUGUUUAAUAUCUCUUGAGAUUUAAAAAAUAAUAAUAAUCUUUUGAUUAUUUGUUUAAA